ACUGCUACCACAUUAACCACUUCUGAACAGACGGAAAAGGUCCCCUUAAACUUGUGUCUUCUGCCAAAUGAUUCUUAUGCGUGUGGUUAGAAUUUCCUGAUAUUUGUAUUGAUAAACUGUAUGACCAAGGUGCUUGAUACCUGUACACAAUACAAGUUUUGGUUUUACGGCUUAGAAAAGGAAAGAUGGCAGACGAAGGGAACCUUCCAUACUAUCUAAAUCAACAUAAAUAUAAAGGUAUAAUGUAUCCAAACUAUGCCCUGGAUUCCAGUAUCGAACGUCUGAAAUCGUUUGAAGUUCGACCAGAUGACAUCUGGAUUUUGACGUUUCCAAAAGCAGGGACCCAUUGGAUGAUGGAGAUCGUGGGCCUUAUUCUCAGCGAUGGUGACCCAGACAAAAUCGACCGAUCUCUCUUCGCCCAGACUGUGGAGAUGAUCAACUUGGAUCAGCGGUUUCCUGCAACCAAGGACGAAGAAAAGCAAUAUCCUGUAGACAUGGCCCCGUUCUUGGACGUCAUAGAGAAGGCGCCCUCACCGAGAGCCGUGCUGACGCAUCUCCAGUUUGACCUUUUACCGCGUGACAUACUAAAGGCUAAGGUCAUCUACCUGGCCCGAAAUCCAAAGGAUAUCAUUGUAUCAUGGUUCCAAUUCGUCGGGAAGAGCCGAGCCCUUCCCUUGACCAUGGACAGGACGAUAGAAGAUUUCAUCACUGGCGAAAUGCAGUGGGGUCCUUGGCCAGGACAUGUUCGUUCGUUUUGGGAGCUUAAAGACCAUGACAAUGUCACGUUUGUUUUCUACGAGGAUCUGAAGAAGGAACCAGCAAAGUACAUUCAGAAAAUCUCAUCUGGUAUUGGUCGCCCUCUAUCGGAGGAAGUCUUACAGAAGGUUGUGAAGUUCAGCCAUAUUGACGCACAGAAAGCCACAUUCAAGAAAAUGGCGGAAAGCGGAAAAGGGAACUUUGUAAAAGCGGUCGGCGAGUUUUCUUUUCUAAACACAGGUGUAAGUGGUCGUUGGAAGAACUUCUUCACUGUGGCACAGAACGAAAGCUUCGAUGAAUGGUAUAAAAACAAGAUGGCGACCACUGAUCUCAAGUUUACUUUUGAGUAACCGAAACGCGGCUUUGAAGUUCUGUUAAUGAUGGAAUUGAUUCUUACACAUGUAGAAUCAGACUCAGCUAUAUAAACUGUUGAUGCAGAGGAGGGAUUCCGCUUUUAGGAGUCGCAUUAGGGCUCACUUAUUUUGGAUUUGAAUCCACUCCUACUUGUGAUGAAAUCCACUCAAAAUUAGUGGUUGGAUAACUCUUCUGACGGUGUGGCCACUUCAAAAUGAAGUGAUCCUUAAUAUAACUUCCCGAAAAAAACUUAAUUUCCACAAAUAUAAUGAUACACAAACAUACUAAAGUACAUUUAAAAGAGUGAUAAGCAACGACAAAUAAAUCAAGUUAAGUAUAUAUAGUACCGACUGACGACCCCGUGUAAAACAUUCGGUCUCUUAUCUAAAUGUGAGUAGGUUAUCAGUGAAUAUGAUGUCUGGAAGUUAUUUUUUAAUCUGUUGAUAUAUUGAUUAUCAACCAUUUCUUAUGAGUCUGAGCCAUUUAUUUUUCGACAUGCUUAUCAGACCAAAAAUUUGUCUGAAGUUAUUUUUCAUCGAUCUUCAUGCAUCUUGUUUGAAAAUUCCAAUUUAUUUCUGAAUUUUGUUUGUUGUUACAUCGUUUAAUCAAAACAAAGGUGAUGUUUGAUUACAUAUUGCAGUCUACAACCUCCACAUUGAGUUUAACUUGAAAUCCAAAUUGACAUGUCAAUAUGUUUAUUUACGUAAUAAAAAAUAAUCACGUAUCUGUUUUGUUAUGGUUUUAUGGGUUUGUUACUCUUUAAUCAUUGUGAUUAGAUGAUUUACUAUCCGUACUUUGGCUUUAGUUUGCGAACACGUUUAACGAUGUAAUCUAACUCGAAAUCUAUUAUGUCUUACAGAUUCUCAUUCUUCUAGCCAGUAAUAAGAAUUAAUUUUGUUUAUUUGUUAGUUUCCUAUUUACUUUUGUUUCGUUUUGUUUUAAAUGAUUUCGUGCGUACGGUCCUUGUAAAUGAGAGUACGAGAACUGUUCCAAAUUCACUCGGGGUAAACUGUCAGAUUUAGAUAAAAAUACAAUGGGCAUCAAGUUGUGCUUAAAAAUAAGCUUGAGUUCUGGUAAUGAUGGAAAAUAUAUUAUCACAGAAUCCAACAAAACUUAAUACACUGAAUGUUCGAGAUUACAUAGAAAUGACAUGUGACAAGCGAUUUUGGGCUGAGUAAUGAGCAUAGAAAGAUAAUGGCAUCAAGGUGAGUAGGCCCGACACCGUGUGCUUAACACAGGUCACCAUGUGCAAAUUAGAGUUGUUUUUCCUUUUUUAUGAUUUCCAGCAAGUUUUUGUGAGU